AUGUCGUCCGAGCUCAAGAAACUCAAUGUGUUGAUGUGUGGUACUGGAGAGUACACCACUGGCUGGACAGGGGCCGGAGCCUCGACAUCUGACAAGAAGAUCGGCGUCGUUGCCCUCACUUGUUUUGACCUGAGAAGGCUGGGAAAGCUUGGGAACCUUGGAAUGGUGGGAGUUAAUGGCGGCAAAUUCCCUGCCAUUAGGCAACAUCUGCAAGACAAGAUCGGAAACGUGUACAAGGACAUGGACGUUUCGUUCGACGCCUACCCCGAAGGCGACUCAGUCAACCCGGAAGCUUACAAGAGCGCCAUUGACAAGAUGUCUCCGGGUGACGCGGUCAUCAUCUUCACUCCUGACAGCACCCACUACCCCAUCGCGUCCUACGCGAUCGAACACGGGCUGCACGUACUCGUGACGAAGCCUGCAGUCCAGCUUCUUCAGCACCAUAUGGACCUCGUCGCUGCAGCUGCCAAGAAAGGUGUUGUUUGCUUCGUCGAGCACCACAAGCGCUUCGACCCGGUGUACAGUGAUGCGAGGGCACGGGCUGCUGAUCUCGGCGAGUUCAACUUCUUCAGCGCAUGGAUGGCACAGCCAAAGAACCAGCUCGAGACCUUCCGCGCAUGGGCCGGAAAGGACUCGGAUAUCAGGCAUGUCUACUAUCUGUCCUCGCACCACAUCGACAUCCACUGCUGGAUGAUGCAGGGUCGCGCCGUUCCCACUCGAGUCACUGCCAGUGCGGCUGCCGGGAUUGCGACGGGCGCGCCAUACAACUGCGUACCGCAGACGGAGGACACGAUCACCCUUCUCGUCGACUGGCAGUCGCUCAAGAGUGAAAAACACCGGGGCACAGCCGUCUAUACUGCAUCCUGGACCGCUCCGCUUAAAUCCGGUGUACACACUUCCCAGCACUUCUACUACAUGGCUGAGAAGGGUGAGAUCAACGUCGACCAAGCCCACCGUGGUUACGACAUCGUCCAGGAUGAGACUGGCAAGGCCUGGGUCAACCCCUUCUACAUGAAGUACUCCCCGUCCGAGAGCGGGCACUUCGACGGCCAGCGCGGGUACGGCUACAUCUCGAUCGAGAAGUUCAUCGACGCCUCGCGCAGCGUGAACGCGGGCCAGACCGGCGCGGCUGACUACGACAAGCACGGGCUGCCCACGAUCGCGAACACGGUCGUCACCACCGCGAUCCUCAACGCGGGCCGCAUCAGCCUCGACGAGAGGCGGCCCGUCGGGAUCAAGCGCGUCGGCGAGGACGGCUGGGUGCUCGAGUGA